UGACGUAGUGUUCAAUUAUUUGUGACACCCUGAAGCUGGUUCCUGCCUCAGGCUUAGGUAAUCCCCGCGAGGCAUCAACUCAGCCUUCCCAUUGAGCUUCCGUUGCCUCGUGUGCUCUAGGCAAGCUUGUGCUAACGCGUCGACCUCCCCAUACAACAGCUACCCUCAACCACCACAACCUCGAUUCCUGCUCCGAAAGUUCCCAACUCGAACACCACGAGCUGUAUUUGAGCUACCGCCCCCUCAUUUCAUCGACACCCUACCUCUCAGAACCGCCAGUCCUCCAAGAUGUCGGCCGGCGCCUACGACCGACACAUUACCAUCUUUGCCGACAAUGGUCGCUUGUACCAAGUUGAGUAUGCCUUCAAGGCCAUUACCGCAGCCAACAUCAUGUCCGUUGGUGUGAGGGGCAAGGAUUGUGCAGUUGUUCUGUCACAGAAGAAGGUUCCGGAUAAGCUGAUCGACCCUGCUUCCGUGUCCCACAUCUUCCAGAUCUCCCCCUCGGUCGGCUGUGUCAUCACGGGAUCGAUCGCCGACGCCAGAGCGUUCGCUCAACGAGCCCAGGGCGAGGCAGCUGAAUUCCGAUACAAAUUUGGAUAUGAGAUGCCAGCUGAUGCUCUGGCGAAGCGACUCGCCAACAUCAGCCAGGUUUAUACUCAGCGGGCUUACAUGCGACCAUACGGCGUUGCCACCACACUGAUCUCCCUCGAUUCGGAAUUCGGCCCUCAGCUGUUCAAGUGUGAUCCCGCAGGAUACUACAUUGGCUACAAGGGUACCGCGGCAGGCCCGAAGCAACAGGAGGCGUUGAACCACCUGGAGAAGAAGUUGCGGAACAAGGAUCAUGCCGAGGGUUCGUGGGAGGAUGUGGUUGAGCUGGCCAUUACUACGCUGAGCACGGUCCUCAGCAUGGACUUCAAGAAGGGGGAGAUUGAGAUUGGCAUUGUCGGUGGUCCUCGAGCGGACGGUGAGGAGGGAACCGACCCAAGCUUCAGAACUUUGACUGAAGAGGAGAUCGAUGACCGAUUACAAGCCAUUGCGGAGAAGGACUGAGCAGAGAUAUGGAGAUGCAACAAUAACGGUAGACGAAGAGACGGUUCUUGUUGCGAGGUUGUAGAGCCUUGAUUCGCGGACUGUAAGAACGG